AUUUUUUCAGUCUCUCCGCUCCGAGUUCUCUCGCGCUGAAGCCAUGACUAGCUCCUCCUCUCAUUCACGCAAGGCUUUAAGCAAGAUCGCUAGUAAUAGGCUCCAGAAAGAGUUAGUGGAGUGGCAAGUUAAUCCACCUGCUGGAUUCAAGCAUAAAGUUACUGAUAAUCUCCAAAGAUGGAUAAUCGAAGUCAACGGAGCUCCUGGAACGCUCUAUGCUAAUGAAACUCAUCAGCUUCAGGUUGAUUUUCCUGAGCAUUAUCCUAUGGAGGCACCCCAGGUGAUUUUUGUUCCUCCGGCGCCUCUGCAUCCUCAUAUUUAUAGCAAUGGACAUAUUUGUUUAGGUAUUGAUGCAAUUAGUUUUUCCUUUACCGUUGCUGGACUCGUAAUUUGUUAAGGAUAAUUUGUUCUACAUGUUGCUAACAA